AUGCUUCUUCGUAAGAAGCAAAGAGCCCUUGAUUCUGUAAUGGGAAACUUCGGUAAUGCACACCAAGCUGCGUCUUCCUGGAAAGAUCCCAUUCUGGAGGAAGAAAAAAGGCAAAUUACAUCGGAACUAGCUGAACAAAAGCGAUAUGAGAAGGCUCGUAAUGAUUUAAUGUUGGAUCGGGCUAAAUCUCAACGAGAAGCUGAAAUGAGACGCCUGUUUAGAGAAACUGCAUUGGAAACAGAACGCAAACGUGCGGCUGCUGUAGCAGCACUUCCUUCUCCCCAACCUGAUCCUCUCGAGCCACACUUUAAGCAAAAUAGCACUGGAUGUAUGCUCUGUCCACGAGUGAAAUCGAAGGAGUAUCAUUUAAUAGUUGAAGUGGACAGCCCCAAACAACAACAGAAUUUAACUAGUGGAGGCGUUAGAAUGAGGAUCGAGAAGGGUCAGUGUGAUGUGAAAGUAAGUCGUUGUACUGGAACAACCUCGGAAAAUGCCGGAAAUGCUUUCGAUGCAGCACUUGCUGAAAAUGAACGUAUUGAAAUUGAACAACAAAGGACUGCUCGUAUUGCAGCUGAGGCUUCCCUGAAAGCCCGAAUUCGGGACCAAUUAGCUCUCAAACGUGUACAAGCGAUGCAAGAAUACCAACAGUUAGUUCAACAAAUAGAUCCGAUUCCUACUAGUUAUUCUUAUAAAACCCAUCCUACUUUGUCCGCCGAGGAAUUCUUCAAGCAUCAAGAGGGGAGAUAUCUCUGCUCUGAUCUGGCUCGAUUAGGACCAGGUGAACGCGAUUAUCUCCCACCCCUCAUGAUAUCAGUUCAGCAGGGCACUUCCUUCGAACAACCCCAAUCGUCUCAUAUUCCUGAACAAUCAAUUAAAGAAGAAACUCCGCAUAAUUCUAUCAUAUCUAUGGAUCAAAUUAGAGAAGACUCUCAAGAAACUAGCCAAUAUGCGCUUAAAUCAGAAAAUAUCCGUUCUGACACAGGCUCUGAAAUCGCAGAGUUAGAAGGUGGUCGCCAAAUAGUCUCAGAUAAACGUCGUCAACUCUCAGAUUAUGAAAGAAAAAAGAUGGAACUCGACUCUGAAGUUGAGUGCUUGGAUAGAGAGAUUCAAGAGAUACGUGAGUUAUAUACAAAUAAUAUCCAAACGAAUUUGCAUACUCAAGGAAUUGGGGAAAAGCUCCCACCACAAGAGCCUAUAUCGGAGUCGCGUUUACGAAUGUCGGAUGAGCCAACCAUAUUGGAGUCUACAGAGCAUCGUUUAGAUGAAAUAAAUUUUCGCGCAAUAAGCAAUAAUGGUGAUAAUGAGGUCCACAAGACUGAGCCUUAUCUGCGACCUUCCAGUGAUGUUAAUGAACAAUCCCAUUCAGUUAAGAUUCAGGCAGACGAAAUUCUAAAGUUGGACACAACUACUGCUGAACGGGCUCAGGAAUCAUUUGAAUCUUCUGGUUCUAUGAUUUUGACCGACAGCCCUCCCAGUACACCUAGCAUAAAAAAUGCGGAAAGGAACACUUUUACAGCAACAGAGACCGUCAAGACUAAAAUCUUUCCUAUAUCAGAGUCUCUCCGGCGCCGCGCAGCUGAAUUAAUUCAUCGUCAAAAAGAGCGUAUUCGCAGCCUGAAGGAGGAUACCAUACUAACUCCUCCUUCCUCAGGGAUAUCCUCCGGGAGUUCAACUGAUUUUGAGCUACCACCUCCUCCGUCGCCACCACAGAAUGAGUGCGAAUCUUCGUCGACGACCAUUUCUCUGAACUCACGUCUAUCGCCCCAUUUAUAUGUCUCAACUCCUGUUGAUAUAUCGUUAGAUUCUUCUGCUAAGCCAGUGAUUGAUGAUCAAUCAGGAGUUGAACAGACGGCUAGAUCUGUCCCAACUAAGCAGAAAAUUCUUCAAAAUUAUCUUACACAGUUGUUGGGGUCUUAUGAAGGAAAGGUGGCUCCCUUAGCUUCGGAUGAUUCCAGCGACAUAUUUGUGACUCACAGUCAAUCAAAUAAUAGCUUCGUUCCUUUUGGCGUGUCGAAACCUCCGAAAUUUGCAAUCACAAAUCUCUCAGUGAUUACUGAGGAAGAUACUAGUUUGCACUCAAAUUUAACCAGUAUUCGAGGAGGAGUAGCAUCAAUUUCACUUGACUCCUCUCGUUCCAAUUUAGAUAAUAACAACGCCAGCAACCUAUCUUCAAGAAAUGCAAAAGUAGCUGAACCUAGUGAGAAUGAGGUGGAAAAUGAAUCUGCUGUUGCGCUUUCACCUCUUCUACUGGGUUUAACACAUUCUGAGUCAGAUACCGCUCUUAAAACCAGCUCAUCUGGCCAUUCCCCUUGUCACUUUACCGAACUAUCCUCGUUAUCAUCAAGUGUCAGCAACUCUACAGACAAUAGAGAGAUCAUUCAUCACUCAUGGCUAUCUUCUCUUCGUGAAAAAGAACCAUCUGUGGCAGUUUCAUCCAUUUCUAUAAGUUCAACAAAUUCCAAACCAGAUCGUUCGAUCAAAAUCGGUUGUUCUGAUCAGAAACUAGACCAUUUGGUGGAAGAAUUAUCACUUCAUUCUUCAUCGAAUUCACAAAGUAACAGUGAGUUGGAUUUGACUUCAAUGUCUUCUGGGUCUAUGAAGAGGAAAAUUGCUGUUAUAAAACCGAAAGGUAAUGAACCUCGACAACAGACUCCCUCCAGUAGUUAUUCCAGCCCUAGUGUAAAUCACCCUACUCCUUCUCAUCGAAAAAUAGCUAUUUUAAAUCCUGCUAAAGUAUCCCAGUCAGGAGGUGUUCAAGGUAUUACUAAAUCGAAUUUGGUCCAAUCGGAUUCGGGAGCCUAUUCAUCGGCGAAUUUUCAACUGUGGAGCAAUGAAUCUGUUGUCUUCUCUGGUAGUUCAAAUGACACCCUGAUGAUGGUUAAAUCCCCAACGCCAGACGCUGCUGAUGGUAGUUGUAUUAUUAACAGCCCCACAGAUCUUACUUGUACUCCAUCUCCUAACCGAAAUGGAAUUUGGUUCAAGAGUGCCAAAUACAACCUUCAGUGUCUUGGAAGUGGAGAAUCCCCACAAAUUCUCGCAAAUUCUCUUGAGACAGUUAGCACCCUAAAUUCAUCCAGUCGUCCGUCGAAUCAAUUCAGUAUUCUGUCUUCUGCUUCGUCGGCACGCAAAACUUCUCCUCCCACCACUCUUCAUAUUCUUCGAAAUGAGCAUUCAUUGGAUCUUCAAGGGGGUUCAUCUAGAUCAAGUCAACAACGCCAAACCUCCGUUAGCACACUGGCACUUCUUAAACGCCAAGACGAGCCGUUAUCUCCCAUUUCUAGCGAUUUAUCUUCACUUCUAUUUACUAAUAACUCAUCUUCCUCAUCUUCCUGCAAAGAUGAAUUAACCUCCGAGAAAAUUAAAUCACCAACGGUCAAUCGGACACAAAUUCAAACUGAAAUGCACGAUCAAGCAAUGCCACGAAGUUCUACCGAAACUGAGAGUACCCCGAAUACAUCAAGCCGCCCAUCAGACCUAUUUGAUGUUCUUUCAUCUGCUUCUUCUCCGUGUGAAGCUUCUAAUCAUCCACGAAAUUCAAAUACCUCCACGACCCUUGAAAUUCUACGAGAAGGGUUGUCAUCCGACGGCCAAACAAACUCCUAUAAAUCAAGUCAACAGGGUUCUACAACUGCCAGUACAUUAACUCUGCUCAAGAGACAUAGAGAGCCAUCUUCAUUUCUUCAAAGUGAUCUGAAUAAUCUUGAUAAUUCUCCUGCUGCUACAACACUUAGCAUUCUUCGAGAAGGACUAUCUACAACAGAUAUUCAAAACGCAGCAGAAACAUCAAGUCAAUUACAGCGCUGCACAUCCGCUAGCACUUUAACACUGCUUAGAAGGCAUGAAUUCUCGUCCAUUUUGUGCUCUAAUAACUCAAACGAUAAAAAGAAAGCAGAGCCUUUUAGGCAAAAGUCCCCAGCUUUCAAGACAAGACGUCAGGAGUCCGCACAAAGUUCCGGAACAACUCGUAAAUACCAACCACGUGAAUCAUUCAGAUCAAGUUCGUAUUGGAGUACUACGGAAACUAGUUUGAAAUGCAAUUCUUCCCCAGGUUGGCAGGAGACAGAAUCUGAUAGUUCGUGUGGUAAUUUAGACAACGCUACCUUCUAUUCAACGAUUGAUGUUUGCUUCACGACUAAUGUUUCAAAAACUUUGAAAGAAUCCGGAGAGUGUGAUGAAACGGACUGCGAAGAUGAAAUUACUAUGACGUCGUGUUUAUCGUGUGAUUCCUCUUUGGAACAGGGUAGAUGUCAUGAGGAGGAUAGUGUAGCUUGUGCAAUCGAAAAUGUCCUCAAUGCUUCCCAAUAUCCUCUUGAUGGUAGGAAGGCUACUCGUUUCUACUCUGCUACUUCCUGUAAAGCUAUUGAGUUCUCAGUGACUCCUCAAAUAUCAACUCCAAAUGGAAUACAUACUAGUCCAACAGUAAGUGUGAAAGCGGCAACUUCAAAUAAAGUUCUAACGGAGCAGUUCAUUUCAAAUACGACAAGGAAGGUCAAUGGAAAGACAUUUGUUGACGUUGCAAAAGAAGAACAAGUAAAUGGAGUAAAAGUUAAUGCCACCGUCUCGUUUCGACCUAGUGCUGUUGGGAAACAAAGUAUAGCAGGGUCAGAUAAACGAACCUCAGAACUAGCACCCAUGAGGAACAAAUAUGACAAAAAACGUGAAAGAAAUUCACCACAUUCUGUCAACCUUGAUGGUUUAAGUGAAAGGAGUGGAAAGAAAGUGACAUCUGCUAAGAAGCGUUCCAGAGACCCAGAAACAUAUAAAGGAACGUCUCAACUAGUGCCUAUGAGGUCAUCAUAUGACAAAUCUUCGAGAAAACAUGGAAGAAAUACACCUCUUUCUGACAACCUAGAUGGUUUAAGUGAAAGGAGUGGAAAGGAAAGGACAUCUGUUAAGAAGCUUUCACAAUCACCUGAAAUAUACAAAGGAAGAUCACAAGCAGCGUCAAUUAGGACCACAUAUGAUAAAACUGCGGAACAACAAGGGAGAAAUCAACCUCAAUGGGGAAAAUUUGACGGAGAAAAGGAAAGUAGGGUAGGGAAAAUGACAUCUUUAGAGAAACGAUUUAAAGCCCCAGAAACAGAUAAAAGAAUAUCUGAGGCAUUGCCAAUGAGGACCACACGAGACAAAUCUCUGGAGAAACAAGAUAGACAUCAACCUCAAUCUGACAAACUUGAUGGAGUGAAGGAAGGUAGAGGAGGGAAAAUGGAAUCUGAUGAGAACCGUUUAAAAUCAACUGAAACUGUUAAAGGAAGAUCUGAAGUUGAGACCAAGGGGACCACACAUGACAAAUCUCUGGAGAAACAAGAUAGACAUCAACCUCAAUCUGACAAACUAGAUGGAGUGAAGGAAGGUAGAGGAGGAGAGAUGGAACCAGAUGAGAAACGUUUAAAAUCCCCUGAAACAAUUAAAGGAAGAUCUGAGGUUGAGACAAGGAGGACCAAACACGAUGAAUCUCUGGAGAAACAAGAUAGACAUCAACCUCAAUCUGACAAACUUGAUGGAGUAAGGGAAGGUAGAGGAGGGGAAAUGGAAUCUGAUGAGAAACGAUUGAAAGUCCCAGAAACAGAUAGGGGAACAUCUGAGGUUGAGGCAAAGGGGACCACACAUGACAAAUCUCUGGAGAAACAAGGUAGACAUCAACCUCAAUCUGACAAACUUGAUGGAGUAAAGGAAGGUAGAGGAGGAGAGAUGGAACCAGAUGAGAAACGUUUAAAAUCCCCUGAAACAAUUAAAGGAAGAUCUGAGGUUGAGACAAAGAGGACCAAACACGAUGAAUCUCUGGAGAAACAAGGUAGUCAUCAACCUCAAUCUGAAAAACUUGAUGGAGUAAAGGAAGGUAGAGGAGGGGAAAUGGAAUCUGAUAAGAAACGAUUAAAAACUCCAGAAGCAGAUAAAAGAAUAUUUGAAGUAUUGCCCCCAAGGACCGCACGAGACAAAUCUCUGGAGAAACAAGGGGGGCAUCAAACUCAAACGGACAAAUUUGAUGGAGUAAAGCAAAGUAGAGUUGGAAAAAUGACAUCUUUAGAGAAACGUUUUAAAGCCCCAGAAACAGAUAAAAGUAUAUCUGAUGUAGAGCCACUGAGAACCACACGAGACAAAUCUCUGGGGAAACAAGGGAGAUAUCAACCUCAAUCUAACAAAUUCGAUGGUGUAAAGGAACGUAGAAGGGGUGAAAUGGAAUCUGAUAAGAAACGUUUGAAAGCCCCUGAAACUGAUGUUUUCUUAGAGGAAAUUCAUAGUUUAUCGAAUGAACGCCAAAAAGCUGGAUCGAGAGAGGCUGUUUUCCAAGAACAGGCUGAUACUUCUGUGUCUUCUGUACCCAUGGAUCCCCUUGUUAAAUCGAGUGAUGUCAAAAUGUCAUUGGAUGGAGAAGUUGAUGGUCAGGAACGGAAAUCUGAUGUUACGAAAUUAGGCGAAAAGCAAUAUUUGGCAGCUUCAAAUAUGACUCCAGUUGUUCCUGGUCGUUUGAAAUUGCCAAUUAGUGCUCCGGUAAAGAAAACGAAGCGAUUUGACCCUAGAUCUCACAAACAAGAUGUUUUGGAACAAAAAAGAAAGAGUAAUCCUAGUAAAGAAUAUUUCAAGGCGUUGAAUCGAGAUAAAAUAGGUCAGAAAUCAUUUCCUGGUCACGUGGAAGGCACAAGUCUGCCGAAAACAACCCCAGUGGCAUCUAAAGUUGACCCUAACUUUGAAAGCAAAAGUAAAGGUGAAUUACCACUACUCAAAAACAUUGAUGAUCAUAAUACUGGAAUAUCAAUUCAUUCAAACUUUCAUCCACGAGACAGAACUGAUGAUUCCCCUGAAGUUUUGAAACGACCAAUUACAAGCCACGAAAGUGCUAUAAGAUUGAAUAAAAGUUCACCUAGGCCUAGUAAGCUUGAAUUAAGCAUAGCGGUUGAUGAACCUGGUGGGGAAGUUCGAUCAGAAAGCGGUUUAUCUUUAGAUAUUAAUCUUCCAGAUUUAAAGAUGUCUAUUAAAAAACCAACAAGGCAUAAAAGUGAUUCAAAAAUUGAUAGAUCUGCUAGACCUCUUGAUGUAGAAUUGAAGAUGUCUCCGCCUGAAAAGAGCCCUUUAAGAGUCAAAUAUGGGUCACUUCCUUCUUUGAAUGUGUUCCUAGAAGACUUACCAGAUGAAGGCAAAUUUGAGGCAGAAAAAUAUGAAUCACCUCGGUCUAUUAAAAAUUUUGGGUCUAAACUUAAUUCUGCUGGACGUGAAUUGCUUCCGGAUGUUCCUACAGGCUCUAUUGCACAUCAGAGUACUGAUGGGAAAACUAAAUCUGUGGAAAAAAUUGGCUUAUUUGAAGCGAAUGAAAAACAUUUUAAAGAUCCUUCCGCUCAAUUUACCUCUGAAGAAGGAAAACACAUGCCAACUACUCAUUUUCAACGAUCAAAAUUAUUUAGGUCUAAAACUACUUCUAAAGAUAUGGAUACGACUUUUGAUGACACAAUAGAUUACAAAGAAGACAGUAAAAGUGACAGGGUUGUCAAACCUGUUCCUGAAAGACUCAAACAAUUGGAAUCUAAACCUGAUUCCUUUAAAACGGCCAGAACGCAAGUUACAGGGGAAUCUGAACAAAACUCCUGGAUGAAAGGAUCUGUACAGAAAUUUGAUUCUCUUGAAGCCGGACCUUCGCGGAAUUUACAUCCCGUGCAAAGUAUGAAAAGAGAUAAUGAGAUUACGGGUUAUUCUCCAAAAGAAGGGCAGGCAGGCACUUUAGAAGCUCAUAAGGAUAAACCUACUAGAAACAUUGAUGAAUAUCCCGUUGAUGCUGGAACAAAAAAAUCUUUAAAAUUUGGUGUUGACGUAGUUUCUGAAAAAUCAUCAAACGGUAUCGAAAAACAUGGUCAACGGAAAAUCGGAGAUAAAAACUUGCACAUUAUGGAUGAUCAUCUAGCUCCGGCGUCUAGCAGCAAGAACGUAGGCAUGACUGAAGUUUCACAAACUCAAGGAGCGUUACUGAAAAAUACAACUUUGAAAAUUGCUAAACCUUCAUCCUCCCUAAUGCCUCGUCCUGUUCAAUCACCAAAUUUUUUGGCAAGAUCGAAUUUAAAGUCAGGUUCUAGAAGUCCCUCUGUCUCUCGUGGUGCUAGUCCUAUUAAUUCAUCUGGAUCAAGAUCCCAUAUACCUUAUAUACCUUCCGAUUUGGUUAAGCAUCUUGAAAAAUCAGCUGAGUUGAAUAGGAAUGUACCGGCUAUAUCCACUUCAAAAUUUAAACCAAUUUCUUCUAGAGAUGCCUCUUCAAAGGGAAAUCGUUCAGUCUCACCUGCUAAAAGGCCUAAUUCAUCUUUAUCAAAAAAUGUUACACCAAAAGAUGCAAGAUCUCGCGAUCUAAGCUUGGAAAGUGGUAAAGCGACUGAGAUUGUUUCUCCAAGAUUAAGAGGAUUGACAGAUAAUUUCGCGAUUGAUUCAAACAAGCGAAUGAAAAAGUUAGCUACAUCUCCUUCAGCAUCCAAACCCGUUUCCAAAAGUUACGAUGGGAAGGGUGUUUCAGAUAUCCUUUCAAAGUAUAAGCCAGAUCAGAAGGGAAAUCUAUCUCCAAGUGAAAUUCCAAUAUCUCCUACACCGAGGCCGAUUUCUCCCAGUGUUGAGGAAAAGCCUAUUGUAGAAGAAUCCUCCAAAUACAACCUUGAUAGAAGAGGUAAUCGAUCCGUUUCACCCUUAUCGCAACAUAGUUCUUCUUUGGAAAGAAUUAGUAGUUCUAUUAAAAGGGGAACGUCAGCCCAGCCAUCCCCUACACCUAGGGAAAAGAAAGUUGUAUCUACUUCUGCUAAAAUUCAUAGAGAUCUGGUUUCAAGAUCAAGUUUGGCUUCAAAAGUUCUAAUUUCUCCAAAACCCUCUGGUGUAUCACCGCGUGGGAAAACUUACAAUAAGGAAAUUGCUGGUUCUUUGGAGAUCGCUCCAAAGAAAAAGGUUAAAGGCAAAUUUGCUAAUGGAAAACCGAAGUCGCCCUAUUCUGCCGAUGCUUUUGGAACUCUGAAAACGACUGGAAAUGCGUCUCAACUCAAUAAAUCGACUGGAUUAGCAAAACAACGUAUUCCACCCACCCCAAGGAUAGGAAUUUUAGAUGAUUUUCACGCGACUUCACUGCUCGCUAAAAGAUCUCCGAAUGCUGUAAUUAAGGGUCCUGCGUCCCGAAGCCUAGAUAAAGUACGAGGUAAUAGAUCGAAAUCUCCCAUCGGCACAAAAAGUAACCAACGCAAGAAUAUACGAAAGAACAUUUCUGUGGGUUCUGGUCUGAGAGGAAAGAGUUCGAGAUCUCCUGAUGUUAAGUCUGAUCAAUUAGAUGCCGCUAUUGACAGUGAAACUGGAGAAGCGAAAGAAGAGUUACCUGGGUUUCCAAAGAAGGAUUCAUCACUUAUUGGCCAUUCUAAAUCUGACAGUGAUGGUUUAGAAAAUAUGGAAAAUAUCGAGGAUAUGGUGUCUAGCAUUUCAGUUGCAGAGGAAGCUGGUGCUAAGAAGGUGGAAGUCAUCAAUAAUGUGAUUGCAAAUACUGAAGAAAGAGCAAUAAAAAACAAUAGGAGACCAAAUGUCCACAGUGCUAAGAAAGCAGCUACUUCUGCUAAGAAAUCACCCAGAACUAAAUCCCCAAUUGGAACCAAAAGACGUUUGAAAACUCCUAGACGACCAAUACGUUAUCGUUCCCAAUCUAAAGUGAGAUUGCCAAUGUGGAAAAGAAAGCAUGCUGUUAAAGCAAGGUUUCAUACGCUGCCGAAACUGAAAGACAAAAAUGCAGACUUGAAAAGAGGAACGCCUGUUUCUAAACCGAAACCGACGGCAGCUUUACCUGAUUCUCCCACUUCUGAAACCAACUCAAGCCUUUCGAAAAAGGUGAAACUAUCUCACAGUUCAAAGGGAAGUGAAUCAACGUUGAGUGUGAGUGGGGGACGAUAUAAUACAGUUACUCCUACUUAUAUACCUCCUCAAAAUGAAGGGACUGAUUCUUCGGCAAACUGGUCGCCUAGAAAUUUUGCCCGAUCAGAACCAAUUUGCGAUGGCCGAAGAAAACGGUUAUAUAGCUUGCAGGUAGAAGAGGUACUUGCAACAAAUUUCCCAUUCGAGCGAUUUCGCAUUAAGGUAGAUAUUAUGAAAUAUAUGAAAGCAUUUAGAAUUUGUAUCAUUGAUGUGGAUGGUUCCCAGCUUCUGAUGUCAGUCCAACAGUCAUUGUUAAAAUUUAUGAAAAGACCAGCGGGAGGUAACUCUCCCUUAGAGGGGUCAAGAGAAUCUAAGAUUCGCAAAUCCGAAUGUCAACUCGCAUCAGUUACAUCUGAAUGCACAAAAAGCAUCGAGUCGCCCGAUCGUGCUAAAUUCCGAGUUGAAGUCAAUAAAUCCGUCGCCGAAAUGAAAUUAAAUCUCCCUGGUUCCGUGAAAACCCUUAUUAAAUAUAUGAAUGCCGAGUGGUGUUAUCAUUUAUCUACCGUGAUUCAAAGUGAAUCAUUCAAGAAAUUAGCGAAUUUUAUUGAAAAUGAGCGUUUAAAGGGGACAAUUUACCCUCCUCAAGACGAAGUUUUUACUUGGAGUAAGUUGACUCCCCCUGGCAAAGUGCGAGUGGUUAUUCUUGGUCAAGAUCCUUACCAUGGUCCACACCAAGCUCAUGGCUUGGCUUUCUCAGUAAAACGACCCCAAAGACCACCUCCUAGUUUAGUUAACAUGUACAAAGAGAUCGCUUCGGAUUGUUGCGACUCUAUUCCGUCUACUUGGCCACCACCGCACGGGGAUCUUACGCGAUGGGCAGAACAGGGUGUUCUUCUGCUUAACGCUGUCCUUACUGUUCGAGCUUCGCAGCCCAAUUCGCAUAAGGACCAGGGUUGGGAAAGUCUUACUGGUGCUGUCGUCAGGCAUAUAAAUCAAAAUUGUUCUAAUGUUGUAUUCCUACUGUGGGGUGCGAAUGCCCAAGCUCAGGGUGCUGGAAUUGAUAAGAAAAAGCAUCUAGUUCUCCAAGCUCCUCACCCAUCUCCCUUUUCCGCCAAUCGUGGAUUUUUCGGUUGUCAACAUUUCAGCAAAGCCAACGCCUAUCUCAAGGAACAUGGGCUGGAAACCAUCAAGUGGACUGAUCUCGGCUGA